AUGAUCUUCCUCAGUACCGACGUGUUCCAGGGUUAUCUUUGGCUGGUGCUUAUAUGUGUCGUAGUGUACCUGUUGUGGUUCCUAUCUACGACCGGCACGCGAUACUGGCAGUGCGUUCGCGUGCCAUACAUUGAGGGUCGGCCCGUGGUGGGAAACUUCCUCGAGGCCGUGCUAUUGCGUAAAUCCAUGUUCGAUUUGAUGGACGAGCUAUACGUCAACGAUCGUGUCCGCGAGAGUCAUUUGUUUGGCAUAAGCAAAUUAUGGACCCCGACGCUAGUGCUCAAAGAUCCCGAGCUCAUCAAACAAGUCCUAAUUAAAGAUGCAGCGUUCUUUUGCAACCGCUCGAUGUGCACCGAUCCACAUGGCGAUCCGAUCGGGUACUACAAUUUGCUGAUGAUUAGAAACCCAGCUUGGAAACAGCUACGGUCUUAUUUGACGCCUUCGUUGAGCAUAAGCAAAAUCAAGCAAAUGUACCGGCUGGUCGAUCAGAUCGGAAAGGAUAUGAUCGCAUCUAUCGAUGCAUUACCGAAGCUACGGUCGAACGUGCGAGAAACGGAAUUCAAAGAACUCAGCGCUCGGUUCACAACAGAUGUGAUCGCAAGUACGUUUUUCGGAAUUCAAUCCAACUGUCUAAAGGAUGAGACCUCUGAAUUCCGCUACUACGGUCGAAAGAUAUUUGACUACGGUGCAGUUCGGGGCAUGACGAUGGCAGCCUUUUUCUUCAUGCCAGAGUUUGUACCCUACUUGCGGUUAAAGCUUUUCCCGCGAGACACAGAAGCUUUUCUUAAGAGCAUCAUCGAACAGGAGAUCGCUCGGCGUGAGCAAUCUGAAGAGAGCAGAGGAGACUUUAUCGACUCCAUGAUUGCGCUUAAAAACAAUAACGCUACCCUUGGUGUGACAGAAAAAAUACCCCUCAACGGUGACAUACUAGUAGCACAGGCUGCUACGUUUUACAUGGCUAGUUUUGAGACGACUUCAUCUGUUCUCUCUUUUGCAUUGUAUGAGCUGACCCAAAACCCGAAUGUGCAACAGUGCUUACGUGAAGAAAUACGUCUCACCAUCGAUCAACAUGGUCAGGAUAUUCCCUACGACACACUAGCCAAUCAAAUGCCUUACUUAGGAAUGGUCAUAUCCGAAACAGCGCGGCUUUAUCCAGUGUUACCAUUCAUCGAGCGGCAGUGCACGCUGCCGGAAGGUGCGACUGGCUAUAAACUGGAACCCUUUCAUGAAUACGUCGUUCCGAACCAUAUGCCAAUUCUGAUCCCUAUCUACGCUAUCCACCGAGAUGCGAAACAUUUUCCAAACCCUCAUAAAUUUGACCCGGAGCGAUUCGCGAAGAAAAAUUUGGAUAAAAUAAAACCAUGCACCUACAUGCCGUUCGGUGUCGGUCCACGUACGUGUCUGGGAUCUCACUUUGGAACGUUGCAAAUCAAAAUUGCGCUCGUAAAACUGCUCUCCAAAUAUCGCAUUGUGCAAUCGAUACUCACCCCGCAGAAAUUAACGUACAAAAAGAAUGCUUUUACUCUGAACACCAACGAAGGGCUUUAUGCUGAGCUUGUCGAAGAUCCGCUGUGGAAAUAA